GUUUCCCUGCAGCAAGAUGGCGGUAGCCUCAAUGUCAGUGGCGCUGAAGCAAGCUCUGUGGGGGAGAAGGGCAGCCACAGUAGCGGCUAUUUCCGUGUCCAGGGUUCCAAGCAGGUUGUCCAGUACUUCUACAUGGAGAUUGGCACAGGACCAAACUCGAGAUACACAGCUCCUCACAGUUGAUGAAAAACUGGAUAUCACUACUCUAACAGGAGUUCCAGAAGAGCAUAUCAAAACUAGAAAAGUCAGAAUAUUUGUUCCUGCUCGCAAUAACAUGCAGUCUGGAGUAAACAACACAAAGAAAUGGAAGCUGGAGUUUGAUACCAGGGAGCGAUGGGAAAAUCCUUUGAUGGGUUGGGCAUCAACGGCGGAUCCUUUGUCCAACUUGGUUCUAACCUUCAGCACUAAAGAAGAUGCAGUUGCCUUUGCAGAAAAAAAUGGAUGGAGCUAUGACAUUGAAGAAAGAAAGGUUCCAAAACCGAAGUCCAAGUCGUAUGGUGCAAACUUUUCUUGGAACAAAAGAACAAGGGUAUCCACAAAAUAGAUUGGCACUGACUAUAUCUCUGUACUUGACUGUGAAUAAGGUCAGCUGUGUGGUAUUUAUAGUCCGUGUAUAAUGCAUCUCUUAAUCUCCUAAUAAAUUUGGACUUUAAACUACA